AAGUACCACACUAUGGUCACCUUGUGGUGUGUUCGGGAAACAAAGCAACACGAGAUUGAAUACGUGUUCAACGCUGUUUUGUCGUCUGUUUUCGUGAAAGACUUGUGUUGAAUGUUCAUGAAACACGUAUCGUGUCUGUUAAAAAAAAUCGGGAUUCUCGACAGGUGCCCGGUUUUCUAGCCUAGUCAUGGUCCUUGGCUAUCAAUAGAAGCCUGUCUACGCGACAGUGACGAAAACGGGAACGUUCGUAACAACGUAGCGACUCGUUUGAAGCAAUAUGCCUUCCAGGAGGAAUAAUUGUGACCUGCUGGCCAGGGUAAAUUUCCCCCUUUAUACGCUGCAGAUGUUGACGGGACGGCAUAUCCUAGUUGGUGGUGGUGGAGGUUCUUCGAAAACUGGAGUUGCUAAUGGAUUUGAAAUAUUUGAUUUGUCCCACAAUGGAUCUCAAUUUGUUGCGGAAGAAGUGACUAGACAUGAAACAGGUCCUAGUGUUGUUAUGAACUGUACAACUUACAAUGAUCAGAAGAGAAUCUGGAUUGCAGCAGGUCAAGAGAGUCAUUGUCAGCUUUACAAUGUAAGUAGUAAAGUGAUCACUGUGAAGAAUGGAGAGAUUCUUAAAGGAGCCAAUGGUAACGAUAAGGAAGGCCUUAGGCACAGAAAGAAUACGGAUAAAAUAGAAGGAACUAUUACUCCUGAAGAAAGGAUAGAGGAGAUUAAGGAUGACAACUCAAAUAUUAAAAGCAAAAAGCUUCAAUUGAUAGUAAAGCCAAUGGAUAGUGUACAAACAGAUUUCAGUGAUGAAGAACCAUUUCAAAGGAUUGUUAGAAUAAGCUCAAAUGGAAAGUUUAUGGCCACUGGUGGAAUGGAUGGUCAUAUAAGAUUAUGGAAGUUUCCACAAUUACAUAAAUUACACGAUAUAGAUGCACACUUGAAAGAAAUAGAUGACAUAGACUUCAGUCCAGACAGUACAUUAAUUGCAAGCAUAGCAAAGGAUGGUAAAGCAUAUUUGUGGAAUGUGAGCAAUGGUUCCAAGUCCAAGGAACUUACUUGGUCAGCUCCAAAUGGAUUGAAAUAUUUGUAUAAAAGAUGCAGGUUUAGAAAAUUCGAGGAGGACAAAUCAAAAACUCAGCUCUUUAUGCUUUCCAAUGCAGUGAUUGGAAAGAAUACUAGCUUCCUACAAAUGUGGGAUGUGGAUUCUGGAAGUAUUGUCAAGGCAGUACCAUAUAAAGAAACCCUGUCUGCUUUAGCAGUGUCGGAUGACGGAAAAUUCGUCGCAGUUGGAACAAUGUUUUCUGGUAGUGUGGACAUAUAUAUUGCAUUCAGUUUGAGAAGAGCUUUGCAUGUACCUGGUGCACAUAGUAUGUUUGUAACUGGCCUAGAAUUCUUACCAACUAAAUUAGAUGGCCCUACUAUUGCUAGUAACACUGAAACUGCAGUUGUUAGCAUUUCUGUGGAUAAUAAAAUUUGUAUACAUAGUAUACCGUUUAGACACACAUUACCAUUCUGGUUUGUCAUCAUAUUGAUUAUUCUAAGUGUUUGUGGAGCGUUCAUCUUCUGCAGUUAUAUCGGAAUAUGACCUGGGAGAAUAUACUUUUAAUACAAUCAAGUACUUUUUCUAGGAUUUUCUAACAUCAUACAUCGAACUUUCAGACGUGCUUUUCUUAGGUUGUAAUUGUUAUUAAUUACAAGGAAGCAGGUUAUAAUUCAUUUGAACUUACAAACAUAUGUGCACGAUUUUUGUAAGAAUAGACACGACUACCUGCAAUUUACUUGCUAACGAACAAAUAACGUACGUUAUUUGGUCCUUGUUCUCGAAACUUCAACCAUUUAGAUAAAUUUGAAAUAAAUGUUGCGAUAAUUAUAUCGCAUUAGAUAAACUGUU